AUGGCUUCUCCUUCUUCAACUAAGUUAAUUCUACUCAGAAGACUAUCCAGAGCUCUGAAACUGAAACCUCCCUCUGCUUCCAUACAAAGAUCUUCUUCAUCAUCUUCUUCUCUAUAUCUUUCAUCACUUCCAGAAGCUUCGAGGCUUGCUCAUGGAUAUUGUCUUUCAAUCUGUUGUAGAAACUUCUGCUCUCGCCCUCCUCAUCUCAAUGACGAGUCUCAAGGCCCUGUCACUAUAUAUAACAGUGUUCUACUGCAGGAGGAUGAAUAUCACAGGCUAGCUGAUACCACGAUACAGGACCUGCUAGAGAAGAUAGAGGAAUAUGGUGACACAGUUGAAAUUGAUGGUUUUGACAUAGAGUAUGGGAACCAGGUUUUAACCCUGAAGCUUGGGAGUUUGGGAACCUAUGUUUUGAACAAACAAACACCAAAUAGACAAAUUUGGAUGUCCUCGCCUGUGAGUGGUCCGUCCAGGUUUGAUUGGGAUCAAAGUGCUCAGGCAUGGAUUUAUAGGCGGACUAAAGCAAACUUAUCAGAAGUUUUGGAAAGUGAGUUGGAACAGCUGUGUGGUCAACCCAUCAGGCUUUCUUAA